AUCAAAUUUUAUAUUUUCGCUUUACCUUCCGAAACAUCGCCGCCUUCUCUUCUAGAAAACGAAAUCUCUAAAACCCGAAAAAUUCUUAAUUGAAAAUCAUUGUCAAACUUCUCAAGAAACUCCAAAGCAAAGAAAACACCAAGGAGAGAAAAGGAAAAAAAAUAAAGAGAGAGAUAUGGGCGCCGCGCGAGCGAUGAAGAGAAUCCCUCGCAUCAAAUUUCCCCAAAGACAUCCCAAACCUUCUGGUUCUGAAUUGCAGCCUCAAUCUGCAACAAGAACUGGUGAUGGUGAUCUGACUUUCUUCUCUAGUUCUAAGGCUCCUUCGACUGUUGGAGGGAAAGCUUCUCUUCAGCCUAAAAGAACACCUCUUUCCAAUGAGGAAAUUGAGGCUAUUUUGGUCUGUACAUCUUCCUAUAGCGAAUAUAACUUUAUGGGUGACACUCUUGGGAAGAUCAAGGUGAUUCCAGAUCAUCUUCAAGUCUCAACUCCCAGUGGUGACUCUCCUCAAAACAGAAGUCCACCUGAUUCACAGCCAAGAAUUGAUAAUUCUUCGAGGUCCUAUAGCAGUUUAUGGUCUCAACGAAAAUUGAGUAGUGCUGCAGUCAUGUUGAAUCUGUUCAGUUUGCGAGGGUUGCCAUGGAAUUAUGGUGCUGAUGGUCAGGAAAAGGUCCAGUUGACUGCUGCCGAGUUGGAAUCACUUAGAUCAGAACUUGCUGAUAUAGAAGAGAGAGAAGCUCACUUGAAAGCUCGGUUGGAACAUAUCGAUGAAAUAUUACGGUCUGCGUGUCUUUCAGGCUAUUUGUACAUCCGAACCAGGUGGACGGCUUUACCUGGAGAACCUGCUCCUAUUGAUGAUACUGAUGUUGACGACUGGCUUCCUCGAUUUGUUGUUCUUCAUGGCCAAUGUAUAUUCUUUUAUUUAUUAUCCACAGAUUUGAGCCCUCAGGAUUCUGCCCUUCUGUCUGAUGUUGUUGAAGUAGGCUCUUUACCAAGCUUUACAAGAGAAGAGGAAGGAACACAAUAUUGCUUUUAUAUAUUGACUCGUCAAGGACUGCGCUAUGAGUGUUCACAUGUUUCUAAAAUACAGGUGAACACCUGGUUAUCAGCUUUGCAGACAAACUGCAAGGUUGGUUCUGAUGUUAAAGCUCCCAAUGGUUCAAGUGAAAAGUAAAAUCAUAUACAGAUUCUUUUUUUUUUUUAACAUUUAACUUGUAUAUGAUCAAAUUUAGCUUGCAUAUUGAACUCAGCUUACUUUAAAUUACUGGGAUCCCACUAACAAUUCUUUUGUUAAUGUACACAUGAUGGUAUUUCCAAUAAAUCAGC